AAGUUUUCUUUGAAUAUUUUAGCCCCAGAGUGUCGUUAUUUGUGUACGCUUUUUGCAUUGUUCGCAACAUACAUUCACAUUCAAUCAAACAUCGUAUAUAAUUUGGGCAAAAGGAGCUGACUGCUCAACUUUGAAAUACAGCCCUAAGAAAAAAAGAAAAGAAUAUUAUAUAAAAAUCCACUCACUGAUAUACGAGUAAAAACUUAAGUGUUGCUUUUUAAUAAAAUUUUGAUAUUGUGACAAGAAAUUAGUGUAAUAUUUGGAAAAAUGAGCAACUUAAAUGUUCAACCAAAACAAAAACAACAAACGCGUUAUUACAUUACAACGUCGGCGGCUACACCAUCAACACCGAUAUUGAAAUCAUCAUCAACAUCGAAUGCUAAAGUGUUAACUUCAUUCGAUACUAAACAAAUCGUAAGAAAUCAAUCAUCAUCAUCAUCUUUAUUAAAUGCAGGAUUUAUAAACACUUCGAAUUCACCGUCUAGUGUAACAAAUUCAAAAUUCAUAUCAAACUUUGUGCCUGUAUUGGUAACAAAUACCAAUUCAUUUAAUCAAUCAAUUUUACCAAGUUUGCAACAGCAACAACACCAGCAACAACAGAAAUCAAAUAUAACAAAUACUGGAAAUAUACCUACUAUAACUAACGCUUCCAUACCUUUGGUUACCACAACUUCGAAACCAGUAAUAAUGGCAACAAAUCAAUCUAAUAACAUAACCUAUCAAGUACUGAGUGCUCCCAACAAUGCAAAUCUAAAUUCGGUUAUAGCAGCAAGUCCUACGGUUAAUGUUUUAUUGACACAUGCGAAUGUCGUACCAAACUUGGGACAAACACCAAUUUUAAUACGUAACCAUCAUCAAAAGCAACAGCAACAACAACAACAACAAUUGAUACCAAAACAGCGAAAGAACGUAACGAUAGAUGUCUUAAAACAAAUUGGAAGCGAUUUGAACUCUAAUGAUGAAACAUUGGUGGCACCGUCAAUAGCAAAAGUGGUAACUCCCCGAACAACGUUAUUAAAGGCUUCUUUAUUACAAGCAAAACAGCAACAACAGCAACAAAAGUUUAUAAUAGAUAAAUCCAAACCCGUUGUUAAAAAUAAAAUAAUGAUAACAUCACAACAACCACAAGAGCUGCAGCAGCUACAACAGCAACAACAGCAUAAACUGCAGAAACCUCUUAUUGCUAAUAAAAAGGAACAAAUUGAUGGCGAAAGUUCUAAUCAAAUAUUUACUACAUUGGGCAGUAAUAAAGGAAGCACGGAAUCAUCAUCAUCGUCAUCACCAUUACAUGGCCAGAAAAUAGAAAAAAUUAGUUUAUUACAGAAUACGAAGGCAACGACAAAUAACGAAGUAGGCAGCAUUGAGCAGCCGAAUUCUUUAUUAAAACGAAACAAUGAAGUUAAGGUCGCAAAUGUUAGUGCUGAAGUGUCUCUAAUUAAACGGAUUAACGAUAUAGAAGAUAAUUCCAAUAAUCGUCCGUUAUUGAAAGUAGUCAAUGCCCCAUCCAAGCUACAAAAUGAAAUCACAUUAAAGUCAUUUAGUACAGCGAGUCUUGGUGAUGAUGAUGAUGAUGAUGAUGAUUGUAAGGAGAUAGAAUCUGGGGACCCGAUGAUUAUGGAAAUUACGGAAAGCUGCGAUAUAAAAACUAAAAAAUCUUUAUUAAAAUCGCUUAAUACCCACAAUGGAGUCAUCGAGGAUAACUCGUUAUUAAAGCCAUUUGAUAAAUUAAUUGUAACACCAGCCAAUCCUUCGUUAUUAAAAUCGGGUAAAUAUGCAGGAGUAUCUGUUGAAAAACAAGAAUCUUUAUUGAAAAUGAAUUCAAAAAAAUCAUCAUUAGAAAUCGAUACUGAACAAAUCAGUCCACGUCACCAAAGAUCACAAUCGUGGAAUGCUUUAUUGAAAUCAUCUAAUAAUGGCAAUAGUAUAGUUUCCGUCGAGAGACGUCGCUCUGGUCCAGUAACUGAUUACGAUAAAUUGCAUGUAUUGAAACCUUUGGAUAUUUCCAAAAUAAACGCAAGGAUGCCCGGAAAUCCUGAAAAGUCACAAAAGUUGCAAAUGGGGGCAUUUUUCGAAGAAGAUGAUUCUUUAAAAUUCGUAGUAGAAGAAGAAGAAGAAAAUGAAGAUAUCAAGAAAAAUGAAUCAUUAGCAUCGGCAUCGACAUUGCCUAAAAAUGACUUACAGUUGCAGCACGUAAUGAGAAGUAAAUCAUUAAACUCGUCAUCCAACCCGGAAACAACUACUAAAUGGCUAACGAAUGAAGAACAUCAUACACUUAAAUCUAUAAAAAGUGAACCAAUUUUCUCUUUGGAAAAAAAUUACGAUACAAAAAUGGAACAGAAGUCAUCGAAAUAUGAUAGCGAUUCUGAUGGAGACGAUGUUACGAUUGUUCCUACCGAAGAAAAAAAAAUUGAAGAAAUCGAGAUUGAUGAUGAUGAUGACGAUGAUGAUGAUGAUGAUGAUAAUAAUAAUAAUAACAACAAUGAUGCUAAUAAUUGCCCUAGAGGCGGUGCGACAAACGGGAAUAAAAAAUCUUUAACUUGUGAGGAGCAAAUUUUAAUUAGUUCUCCUUCAUCCAUCUCAAAUAAUUCUUCGGAAAAUUUAAAUGACUCGUACGGUAGCUUGAAAAAAUCUUUAAAAAAAUCCGAAUCUUUCUUAAAGGAAGCAUUAAAUGAACCAAAAGUUGAAGUAACAGAUCUUAAUGAAACAAACGGUUACCCAUCUAUGUUGGAUAUAUGCUCCAGUUUCAAUAUGCUAAAUUGGCGGGACCGCGUUGGAACAGCUCGCGGCACCACAUAUAAAUUUCAAUUAAAUGAAUUCAAUUUAGUUCAAUUAUAUGAAAAAUGUCCACCACGUGUACGCAUUCAAACGGCAUAUGAAAAACCUCUUAUUGAACGUGAAUGUACUCGUAGCAAUCCUAAAGAUCCUUCGCCUUUAUUGUAUCUAUGCAGGCGAUGCAAUUGUCAUGGUCCGGCUAUAGAUUUUUUGGCGCCAGAAUUUUGUUCACUUACUUGUCUAAAACGUGAUAUUCGUAAGCGGCAUCGUGACGAAAGAACAAGCAUUCUACGUAAACGGGCACGUAAAAUGGAAGUGUUAUCAUUAAGGAUGGUGAAAAAACAGCCAGGACCAAGAUUCCGCUGGUGCAGCUAUUUGCCCGGUAAUCCUGAGUCGAGUGCAGCACCAAUUUCGUUAUUCCUUAAUCCAUUUCCUACGGGACCGAAUAAUUUCAAAGUUGGCAUGAAAUUGGAGGCCAUCGAUCCCGAUAAUUGCUCUCUAUUUUGUGUUUGCACCGUAAUUGAAAUUAAUGGCUAUCGUUUGAAGCUAAGUUUCGAUGGGUACGAUAGCAUGUAUGAUUUUUGGGUGAAUGCUGACUCAAUGGAUAUUUUUCCACCGGGAUGGUGCGCAAAAACGAAUCGUAUCCUCCAGCCACCCAAGGGCAUUAGUGCCAAUAAAUUUAAUUGGUCUGCUUAUUUAAAUAAGGAAAGAGGAACGCCGGCUCCCAGACUAUUAUUUACCCACUUGAAUUCGUCUGCUCUAACGCCGAGAAAUCCGUUUAAGAUUGGAAUGCAUUUGGAAGCCGAGGAUCUUAAUGAUACCGGUAAACUUUGUGUGGCUACUAUAGCUGAUGUACUUGAUGAUCGUAUACGCAUCCAUUUCGAUGGUUGGGAUGAUUGUUAUGAUAUUAUUGUCGAUAUUAAUUCACCUUAUAUACAUCCUUGCGGCUGGCACGAAGGACGUCAACAAUUGCUUGUGCCGCCUGAAUGUGAAAAUACGUCAUUCAAAUGGAACGAUUAUAUACGGAAACAGGGUCGUGGUGUCGCUGCCAAUGAAGAGCUUUUUGCACCGCGUGAACCAAUUAAUUUUCGUCCUAAUAUGAAAUUGGAAGUAGUCGAUCCACGUAAUUCAUCAUUAAUUCGACCUGCAACUGUUAUUGCCCAUAAAGGAUAUCGUGUUAAAUUGCAUUUAGAUUGUUGGAGUAGCGAUUAUUGCUUUUGGCUAGAAGAUGAUAGUCCCGAUUUGCAUCCAAUCGGUUGGUGCGAUGCUACCGGACAUGAUUUAGAGCCGCCACCACGUUAUAAAAUGGGCGAACAAAAAAUGCCAUGUCCUACCGUUGGCUGCCGGGGUAUAGGUAAUGCUAAAAAACCAACUAUGAGUGUUCAUGCCGAUCGUGAUUAUUGCCCGUAUGCGCCAGAAAAUUGGCGUGUUUUAGUCGAAAAACCUACACGUUUAACCCAAGAAAAUGUUGUACGUUCCUUAUAUGUCGAGGAUAAAAAUAACAAGCCGAUCAAUUCUCAGAGCUUUAGUCAUUUAAGUGAUCAACAAAUUUUAGAUCGCCUUCAGGUAUUGGACAAUAUUAAGCCCCAUCAUGCAUUGUUGCAGCCAGAUAGGAUUCCCUUAUCCCGUACCGAUUUUUCAAGUUUGCCUUUAACCACCGAGACCGAUGAAGAUAUGCCCCUUAAAUCAAUUAAAUCGGCGAACGCUAAAGAUAAUGAAAAUUUAGAUACUGUUCUACAAAUAACGAAAGAAUUUCUUUGCGAUUAUGGACCACGAUUGAAACAAAACUACGAUCUAUGGCAACGUAAUCUUAACUUUGAUGCUAGCAAUAUACAACGUAAUCCUCUCUUAUGGUCUACCAAAGAAACUUCCACAUUUAUUGAUGUUGUAUUAAAUUGUCCCGAUUACGCAGAAAUUUUCGUUCAACAAGACAUUGAUGGUAAAGCGCUAUUACUUUUGCAACAAGAUGACCUCACAGAAACGUUGGGUAUGAAACUUGGACCCGCUGUUAAAUUAUAUACCGUUAUAUUGCAAUUACGUACAAUUACGAUCACAAAAUUUAACGUCGCUUAUAAGCGAUCUAAUCCGAAAAAUAAGAAAGGUGAUUAGGAAGGUCUGUCUGUCUGUCUGUCUAUUUUCAUUUAAUUUUUUUCAUUUUUUUUUUUUUUUUGGGAGGCGGCCAUUCAGAUUCUAAAUAUUUUUGAUUUGCAUUUUCUUUUUUGUUUUUGUUUUUUUUUUUUUUUCUCCUCUUAACUCAUAACGAUGUUCGAUUCAGUGUACUUUUUAGUAUAUAUACAGGAUUAUCUACUGUAAUGUAUUAUUAUUAUUUAUUAUAAGUUUAAUAUAAUUUUGAGAUAUGUAAAUAUGCCUGCAAUAUAAAUAUGAAGUAUACAAACAUAAUAUAUAUAUAUAUAAAUAAAUAUAAAUAAAGUUUGGAAAUUUCAGAAGUAUGUAAACUUAUGGCAUCCAAUCCAUUUGAACAUAUCAUUAUUCAAAAUCGGAACAUUUGCAUGAUUAUAUUAUCGUGUUUAUUAUAUAAUUAUGUAAUAAUUUUUGAUUUAUACCAAAAGAAAAACUUAAUUAAACAACAUGAAUCCCUAAACGAGUGAACAGUACAUUUUUCGGAUCUUUAAACAAAAUUUUGCAUUGUUAUAAUUAAGCACUUAUUUUAAUCGCUCAAUUG